AUGUCAGAUGAUUUAUUAAUAAAGGACGAGAAUAGUAUUGCCACGGUAGAACAACAUGAUUUGUUUUCCAUGGGCAUAAAGAAAUUGAACCGAGUGACGCCAGGAAAUGGUAGUCUCAGGAGGAGGAGGCGAUCAAGCAGCAGGGCUUCCAGCAAGAACCUCAAAAGUACGACAGAUAUUUCCCCAGCUUCAAAAAUAUUUAGGAACCUAUUAAUAUUGGAAGACGAUUUAAGAAGGCAAGCGAAGGAACAGAAACUGUUAAAAUGGCAAUUCACGCUGUUUCUUUCGAGUCUGAUGGGUGUAGCUGGGUUUGCAUUUUAUGAGCUAUACUUCUCUCAGGAGAGCGUACAAGGAUUGUAUAGGAUGAUGCUGCAGUUCUUGUUCAUGUUCAUAAUGAUUACUGUCAUAUUGUUCCACCUAAGCGGUGAAUACAGAAGAACUAUUGUGAUCCCUAGGAAGUUCUUCACAAACACAAACAAGGGCAUAAGACAAUUCAAUGUUAAGUUAGUCAAGGUGAAAAGCUCCGUGAGUGACAUGAUAGCAGACAUUGUACGGUACAUCAGCCGAAAAGUUGCGUGGACCAGCAUGCGCAUACUAAGAAUCAUACUACCAAUUUCUUACCUUGAAACCACGUGGAUAUACCAACUCUGGCGUUCAGUGGCUAUAAGAUCACAGCCUCGAAUUGGUGCUGUUGACGUUAAACUAGUUUUAUAUCCCAGGGCUUUUAGUGCGGAAAUUAGGGAAGGUUGGGAAAUAUAUAGAGACGAGUUCUGGGCAAGAGAAGGAGCAAGAAGGAGAAAACUAGUCAACCAAAUAAGCCCAAAAAGAGACUAA